UAACAGUACUCUAAACAGUAAGUACGUUACACAACGUCAUUGGACAGUUUUCCUCUGACGGCGUCAACCAGACAUCUUCGUACUCGCCUGAGGAGUCUUUAAAUUCCACACAGUCUUCUUCGCUGAGCUCCGGCCGACUGCUCCGACACCUCCAGAAAAUAAGCAGGUCCGAAGCCUCAUCAUGGCCGACUCCUGCAGAACUGCGGACGAUGCGAGGGUCGCAUUUCAGUCCUGUAAAAGUCCUGAUCCAGAACAUCGUGUUCAGUUCUACGACACCUGGACAGAAAACUAUGAUAAGGAUCACUCCCUGAUGAGCUACAGAGCCCCGUACCUGGCCGUAGACGCCCUGUCUGAAAACUUCUCUGGGAGUCCCGGAGAAGCUUUGGUCCUGGACGUCGCCUGCGGGUCUGGAUGGGUCGCUAAAGUGAUGGUUGAACUGGGCUUCAGGCACUUUGUUGGCGUGGACGGCAGCAAUGGCAUGCUGGAACUAGCUGCUAAGACCGGCCUCUAUCAGGACCUCAGACUGGCCUUACUGGGACCACAGCCGCUGCCUGCACAGACCGGUGUGUUUGAUGUGGUGAUCAUCGUCGGUGCUCUGGAUGCUGGUUUCGUACCGGUCAGUGUCGUCAGGGAGCUCUGCCACGCCGCCAAACCAGGUAGCUGCAGUCGCCAUGGGAACAUCGUUAUGGUCAUUACCUGGAAAACUCUGCUCUGA